AUGGACUUCUUUCAUCAAUUUGAGGCACCUCUUUUCCAGCCUGAGGCUGAUAUCGUUCCAGUGCCUCCGGCACCUCGUAUGGAGCCAGUUGGCCUCCCUGAUGACAAUGACCAACACGAUUGGUAUAUCUGGGAUGCACCCGCCGAGGAGGGCGAUGCCCUCCGUCUGUUCGAAGUUCAAAUAACAGGUAACGACUUCGUUGCUGUGCCUCUUGCAUUGGAGUCCGAGGGAAACUAUGACAUCCCCGGCAGAAUCCAGGUACUCCUGGAAUCGAUCAAUAACGUAAACGAGACACUGCGAAACCUUCGCCAAGCUAUGCGAAACGGCUUCGGAGACGCCCUCGACGGUGCAGUCAUCGAUGUCUUCCAGGAGGCGAGGGACAUGCUAGCAACCAAACUCAUCGAUACCAUAGGUACUGAAUUAGUACACCAUGGAGGGGAUGCAACCUACCCCAUUCAAGUCGUACUCGCUAUCUUGAUGGAGAGAUUUUUGGACGGCCAUGCCGAGGAUGGCGACGUUGAGAUUCUGAAUGCAAUAGCUGUUAAUAUCAAUCUGUAA